ACUUUCCGGUCGCACAGGUUUGAAAGCAGCUGAUUUUUCUGUCUGCGUUUGUAGUUAAUGCAGCGAGAAUUUUCGAUAAUUCACUCCUGUUUUCACACUUCUGUUGACACGACUAACUAACCGAGGUCUGUACGACUGUUUGUGGUCAUUACGAGUUAUGACGAGGUCGUGAAAAGAAAAGGAAACAAGGAAGCGGAUAACGUUAUGAUUUCACCGGCUGACAGGUGAGAGUAGUAUAUGGAAUAACGCUACAAUGUGGACGGAUAAACAAAGAGGAAUCAGAGUUUCUCAAGAGGAGCUGCUCUGCAAGAACUCCUGUGGCUAUUAUGGAAACCCUGCGUGGCAGGGCUUCUGCUCCAAGUGCUGGAGAGAGAAAGCACGAACCACUGCAGCCUCGAGGCAAGACGCAAGGGCGAGCAAUGAUGGAACUCCUCUCACCUUCUCCAAAUUUGAGGAGAAGAAAAGCACUGAGAAAGGUCGUCGAAUCAACACAAUGAGGAGACUCUUCUGGGGCAGCCCAUCACCUCCUAAACCUCAAGAGUCCUCUGAAAGGCAUGCAAAUGUGUUGAAACCUUAUCAAAGCCUCGAGGCCGGGGACUUCACUGGUUUCCUAAAGAUACUGAAGAGCCCUUCCUCCCAGCGCUUGCAGUCCCGAUGUACAGCUUUCCUCAACACAAUGGAGGCUUACCAUGAUCUGCCGGUGCAGAAGCAGUCAGAUCUUGUGCAGGAUUUCUACCAGUCUUUUGCUGAAUAUUUCAGCAGUUUUCCUGAGGCUCACGUCACUCAGAUAAUGGAGCAUGUAGAGAAGUUGAUAAUGACACGACUGCACAAAUGGGUUUUCUGCCAUGACAGCUGUGAUGAUGAACAGAAGGACCUCGCUCUCCAGAGGAGGAUACGAUCUUUGAACUGGAUCACUCCGCAGAUGCUGAGCGUACCUUUCCCUGAUAUAAAGACGGAGGUCACUGGCGACCCUUUUCUUCCUGCUAUAACAGCUAUAAUUGAAAUGGAUGCCAAACGAGCGCCUCAGGACAAACUUGCAUGCGUGUCCAAAUGCAGUCAGCAUGUCUUUGAAGCGCUCUCCACCUCGAACAGUGAGCCAGCUAAUGCCGAUGACUUCCUGUCAGGCCUGGUUUACGUGGUGCUGAAGGCCAAUCCCCCUCGCCUACACUCCAACAUGCAAUAUGUGAUUCGUUUUGGUCUCCCUCACAGCCUGAUGGCAGGAGAGAGCGGCUACUAUUUCACAAAUUUGUCUUGUGCAGUGGCCUUCAUUGAGAAGCUGGAUGGACCAGCACUCAACCUCAGUCCAGCGGAGUUCGAGGGCUACAUGCUGCGUCAGCGUGCUCCCUCUGAAGGAAAGAGGCGCCAGGUUGCCAGUGACACACAACAUCUGUUAGAAGAGCUGAACGGCAGACAGGAGAAGCUGGACCAAGGGAUGGAUGCUCUCAACGUGCAGCUAGAAAAUUGGGUCAAAGCUGUUCAUUCACAGCUGGAUGAGGCAGCAGCCCAGUUUGCUCUGGUACAAAAGGAGAUGGCAGCUCAGGCCGAGCUCUCGCAGGUUUUGUCAUCCUCAUCUGAUGAUGCAUCGCCACAAGAGGAUGACAAAGACGAGUCUGUCCUGGUGCUUGCGGAUCAACACGCAGGAACACAAGAUACAGACUGUUAGUUACAUUAACACAAACGCCUAAUCUGGUACUGGAUCUUUUUUUUUUUUUUUUUUUUUUUUUAAAUCAUCAGCACUAAUUAAUGAAGGCUUUAAAACAAACAGAUAUUUUUCCAAAGUCACACUUGCACACAUUCCCGUUGCAUAAAGCUGGGAUUUAUAAGCCAGUUGAACAUGAAGGAAAACUUCUUGAAGAAAACUUUUUGCAUUCCUUAUCUCAGAGCACACAGAGGUUAACAAGAGGUUUAACGACUUGGAUAAAGAGUUGCACUUGUAUCCUGUUUGAGGAUGAAGGCCAUUAGAAAUACAUUCCAAUAUACACUAACAGUUAUUCAUAUGUAAGCACUCAGGAUACACAGCACUUUGGGAUAUCACGUAACACUUCAAGAGUGCUUAUUUAAUAUUCACUUUUUUCUUAUAGUUUAUACCUAUGUGCCUCUCUGUAGACAUCUGUGAAAUAAUAAAUAUGCUACAGGAGAAAAUGUUAGAUGGCGAUUUUAGACCACUACAAGUCAGGGGGGGUAUUGAGUUAAAACCAUGUUUUUCCAAGCUGGGGAACUGUUCCGAACAUGCUGUCUUGAAGAUGAAUUAACUGGUAAAGAAAAAACAAUUUAAAACACAUUUUGCCAUCUGUGUUAGUGUACUGAAGGUAUAUGUUGUUUACAAGUGUUAAAAAAUGUAUGAAGAAAUUAUAGGGUUUUAUGUUAUAAUCAAUUAUUGUAUCCAAUAUUAUAUUAAA